AUGCCCACUUAUGCAAAAUUCAUGAAAGACCUCUUGACAAAGAAGAGAAAGUUCGUUGAGCAGGAGAUUAUUGAGUUGGAAGCGGGAUGUAGUGCCAUAAUUCAAAAGAACUUACCUCCCAAGUUCAAGGACCCUAGAAGUUUUACAAUUCCAAUCACUAUUGGGGACCUAUCAGUUGGAAGAGCACUGCUAGACUUGGGUGCAAGCAUUAACCUCAUGCCCUUGUCUAUGUCAGAUAGAGUUGGCCAGGUGGUAGUAAAAUCGACCUGCAUGACUUUGCAACCAGCUGACCGGUCUAUCAAGUAUCCCUAUGGUGUAAUUGAAAACAUGCUCAUUAAAGUUGACAAAUUCAUAUUCCCAGCUGAUUUUGUGGUUAUGGAUAUGGAAGAAGACUCUGCUAUUCCUAUUAUCUUGGGGAGGCCAUUUAUGAGACUGCACGAGCAAUCAUUGAUGUAG